ACGUAUUAACCGGUAGAACCAAUUUCUCCGGUGAACUUUAUCUCUACCAUACACAUAAAUCUCUACAUACCAUGUUUAAUUUAAUGUCCUAAACACUCGAGUUCGUUUAUUUAUUCCAAGUUUCACACAUAGUGUACCCAAAAACUGAAGCAGCUGUUGAGAAACGCAGACGUGGAUCAACCAUGACUUCUCUGGGUAGCAGCAGUUCUUCAACCACCGAAUACACCGUGAGAGUACCUAAAAAUACCAGCAAGAAAUACAAUAUAAUGGCAUUCAAUUCAGGGGACAGAGUUAACUGUUCAACCUGGACACAGGCUCGUAUGGAGAGAGACAUGAGCGCUCGGCGGAUAUAUGGAGAGGAGGAGACGGCAGAAAGUGGUGCGGGCAGCGAGUUUGGAAAGAAACAGCGUGAGGAAGCUCGGCGGAAGAAGUUUGGUAUUGUGACCCGUGAGUUCAAGGCAGAGGACCAGCCGUGGAUUUUAAAGGUCAAUGGCAAAGCUGGCAAGAGGUUCAAAGGGGUGAAGAAGGGUGGUGUCACAGAAAAUGCAUCCUACUACAUUUUCACACAGUGUCCUGACGGAGCUUUUGAGGCUUUUCCUGUUCACGGGUGGUACAACUUCACACAACAGGCAAAGCAUCGAACUCUGACAGCUGAAGAAGCUGAAGAAGAGUGGGGCAGGCGGAACAAGGUGGUUAACCACUUCAGCAUCAUGCUUCAGAGGCGUCUACGGGAGCAGGAGCGCGGUGAGGAUGAUGAAGAGGAGACGGACAAAUCCGGGAAGAAGAAAAAGAAGGGGGGUGGGAAAGGGGCCGACCUGCUCAUCCACGAUCUGGAAGACGAGCUGGAGAUGAGCAGCGACGACAGUGACAGCAGCAUGGGCGACGAUGGAGAAAGCAAGUCAAAGACAAACAAAGGGACAGGGAAAGGAAAAACAAAGAAAAAGAAGAGAAAGGGCAGUGACAAAGAGGCCCUUGAAGACAGCGAUGACGGGGACUACGAGGGUCUAGAAGUGGAUUAUAUGUCGGAUGAAAGCAGCUCCGAUGAAGAGCCAACAAACGAAAAACCCACCAAAGAAGAGGAGCACCCCAAGGGGAUUGACGAAGCAUCGGAGAGCGAGGAAGAGAGCGAAGAGGAGAAGCCGAAUGAAGAUGAAGCAAAAGAGGAGGAAGAGGAGGAGGAAGGGAAGAAAACCCCUGUUCAAACAGAAAAGAAGAAGAAAAAAGAGAGCAGCGGCGAGUCGGAGAGCUCAGAUGACAGCGACAUUGAGGGAGAGACGGCUUCUGCUUUAUUUAUGAAGAAGCGAACGCCUCCAAAACGCGCAGGUGGCCGCGGCUCAGCAGGCAGCUCCAGGACAGGAAGUCGUCCUGGGACGCCGUCAAUAGACUCUGCCUCCACCUCCAACACGCUCCGCGCCGCUGCCACCAAGCUGGAGCAAGGGAAGAGACAAGGUGCUGCUACGGAUUCACCAGCUGCCAAACGGCUCAAGCUAGAGCCCAGCACUCAGAGUCCUGUUCCCUCUGGGAAGAGCACACCUCAAACCCCAUCAGGCAAAUCCACCCCCAGCUCAAGUGACGUGCAGCUGACUGAGGAGGCGGUCCGCCGCUACCUGAUCCGUAAACCGAUGACCACCAAAGACCUGCUGAAGAAGUUCCAGACCAAGCGCACGGGUUUGAGCAGCGAGCAGACGGUCAACGUGCUGGCACAGAUCCUGAAGCGCCUCAACCCAGAGCGCAAAAACGUCAACGACAAAAUGCAUUUCUACCUCACGGAGUAAGUGAGCGGAGGCAGUGGGAAGGGGUGGAGAAAGGUCGGCUGUUCCUCUCCGACACUUGAAGGGGUUUGUACAAGGAAGCUGAAGCUGGAACUGUUUUACAGACUGUGGUUCUGAAAGUAUUUCGUAGAACAUUCAGGAUUUAAUUUAGUCUGAACUCUCAGUGGAGAACAGGGUUUAGUUGACUGAGUGAAAACUUAUUUGUGUGCCAACAGUU